GGCGGAGAGAGGAGAGAGAAAGAAGGAAGGUUUUAUAGUCACCGGUCGUUCGUCUCUCCCUGCCGUCGCCGUCGUUUUUCUCCGGCGAAACUUCUCCGGUACGCUGCCGGCGGUUGUUAUUUACUCUUCUGGUCAAGGUAUACAAAAUGAUUGGAUCAUUUCUUUCUAGAGGACUGGCGAUGGUAUUUGGCUAUGCUUACCCAGCUUAUGAGUGUUUCAAGACUGUUGAGAAGAAUAAACCAGAUAUUGAGGAUCUUAGAUUUUGGUGCCAGUAUUGGAUUCUAGUGGCGGUUUUAACAGUUUUUGAGAGAGUUGGUGAUACUUUCAUUUCAUGGGUUCCCAUGUAUAGUGAAGCUAAACUGGCAUUCUUUAUAUACUUGUGGUUUCCAAAAACUAAGGGAACCACAUAUGUUUAUGAUUCGUUCUUCAGACCAUAUCUUGCUAAGCAUGAGACAGAAAUUGACCGCAAUUUGUUGGAACUGAGGAGUAGGGCUGGGGAUUAUGCAAUUUUAUAUUGGCAAAGAGCUGCCAGUUAUGGUCAGACUAGAGUCUUUGACAUUCUCCAAUAUAUUUCCGCCCAGUCUACACCUAGACCCCGCCCGACUCAGGAAACUGUACAAGGAAAUCGUCAAGCACCUCCAAUUUCAUCUAAUCCUUUGUCCUCCAAUAAUCCAUCCCCGAGUCACAAUGAAGAAGAAGAUGACGACGAUGAGGAUGAUGAUGAUGAAGAAUGGGUCCCCUUACCUAGUGCUUCGACCAAAGCCCCUUUAGCAAGCAUAAUCGCUCAAAAGACAGUUGUUGCUAAACCUUCCGUUGGAACAACAUCUAAUCCGAAGGUUGGAACAACAUCUAAUCCUACUACAAAAUCUAAUCCGAAGGUUGGAACAACAUCUAUUCUGGCUACAAAAACUGACGAAUCCGAAGAAAUGGAAACUGAUCAGGGCUCGUCUUCGGCUAAUGACGAGAGCAUAGACAAACCAUCAUCUUCAUCCGUGAAGGAGACUGUCAUGGAGGAUAAUACAUUAAGAGUGACAAGGGCCAUGUUGCGAAAAACUCGAGGUGCAGGGGCAAGUGGUUGAGUAUAUUUUUUUCUUCAUGCUUUUGUAAUGUGAUUAGUAAAAUCUGUGUUCUGUACAUUUGCAGUUAUUGUUCAAUUCACAAUUGCUAACAUUUCUCCUUUUUUCAUGAUGAGGAUUGAACUGAAUUGGGUAUUUUUUUCGAGUAAAUUCAAUCCAAUCUAUUAUACUCGA